AUGAAUGUGAGCAGAGACAAGGUGGGUGACAUCUCCAUCCCGGCAGCGGCAGCCGCGGCGGUGACAGCCCCCGCAGCCGGCAACGGCGGGGAGCCCCGCGGCUGCCACGGCGAGGGGAUGGACAGCCGCGGGGAGCAGCGGCUCUCGGGCGGCGGCGAGCUGCCGCUCUACUGCCCUGCCAGCCGGGACCGCCAAGGGGACAGCCAGAGCAACACCCCCGGACAAGAGGGGGCAGUGGCCGCGCUGCCCGUGGUGCACAGAACCACCUCCUUCUCCGUGCUCGACAUCCUGGACCCUAACAAGUUCAACAGCAAGCGGCGGCAGUGCGCGGGCUUGUACAAAUCGGCGGGGAGCGAGUUCACUCUGGGGGCGGAGGAUAAGCCCGAGGACUCAGGGACGGAGCUGGCCGAGCAAAAGGCUCUCGCCGAAGAUUUCGACGCGUGCAAGAAGUCGGCAGAGCUGAUCAGGUCUCGCAUGCUUUGGCAUCUCAUCCUUCCCCGCUGGCAGCCUCGGGAGCCGGGGCUCCGGGGAAGGACAAACGGGCCCUGCGCUGCUGCUGCUGGAUGUAGAGAGGUGGAAUUCUGUGUUAGGCGGAGGGAUGGCAAGGGGGGACCCGGGCGCAUCCUCCCGGGACAGGCCGGAGACAGCGGCGGGUCCCGGGGCUCGGCACUGCCCGAGGAGCUCGGCGGGACCCCCGGAGCUGUUCGUGCCGUGCAGCCCCGGCAGCGGCAGGACCAGCCCCGGGGAUGCCGGCCUGGCUGGGGUGAGGAGGAACCCCGACAUCCUUCUCGUCCUCCUCGUCCUCGCAGGCACGGCCAGCGCUGCCUGAGAACUCCGGCUCUGGCAACUUGGAAGCGGCUCCUCCGGCUUCAAAGGGCCGGAGCCCCGACCCCGAGGUUGACCAACGUCUGGAAUUCCCUAGACGGGAAAUUAAACUCCGAAAGUGCCAGCUGCAGGUUCCGGGUCCGCUCUGCACGGCCGGCUCGGCCCGGCCAGGGCAAUCUCCCCGGCCGCUCCUCGCCCCCGCCAUCGCCCCCGCCGCCCCCGGCGCCCCCUCCGCCGCCCCCCGCCCCGCCCGUCGCGGCGCAGCCCGGCCCGCAGGCCAAGCCCAAGAGGAAGCGGACGGGCUCGGACUCCAAGUCGGGCAAGCCCCGGCGGGCGCGGACAGCCUUCACCUACGAGCAGCUGGUGGCGCUGGAAAACAAGUUCAAAUCCACGCGGUACCUGUCGGUGUGCGAGCGCCUCAACCUGGCGCUGUCGCUCAGCCUCACCGAGACGCAGGUGAAGAUCUGGUUCCAGAACCGGCGCACCAAGUGGAAGAAGCAGAACCCGGGCGCCGACACCAGCGCGCCCACGGGCGGGGGCGGCGGCGGCGCGGCGGGGGCCGGGCUGGGCGGCGGGGCGCUGCCGGGGGGGCUCAGCCCGCUCAGCCACUCGCCGCCCAUGGGCGCCCCGCUCUCCAUGCACGGCCCCGGCGGCUACGCCGGCCACCCGGCCGGAGGGCUGGUCUGCGCCGCCCAGCUGCCCUUCCUGCCCAGCCCCGCCGUCCUCUCGCCCUUCGUCCUGGGCUCCCAGACUUACGGCGCUCCGGCUUUCUACACCCCGCACCUAUAA